AUUGUUAGUAAGUGAUCGUUGUUUUCUGGACGGCCGUGUGUCCACUACGAGCGAAGCAGCAGCAGGAGCUGGAAACGGCACAGACAAUGCACUGGAGGAAAGUAGUGGUGCUACCGGCUCCGAAAACAACAAAUAUGCAGGACUCUGCUGUAUGCUCAGACAGCUCUGAAAUCAAGAGCCGUGCUGUGGUCAAGUACUCUGCUGCCCCUCCUCCUACCAGCUAUGCCUUGCUGCAGGAGAAGACAGACCUGAAGCUGCCUCCUGCCAACUGGCUAAGAGAAAACACCCAGCUGGGCAGUGCAGGCACAACUAUAUUAGGGUCCAGCAGCAGGAGCAAGCCCUUUUCCAGUUUUGGGAUGGCCUACGACUUCAUUGACUGCAUUGGCGAUGAUGUUGACGUGGUGUCAGACUCAGAGAACAUCAAGAAGCUUUUGAAAAUUCCCUUCAGCAAGUCCCACGUCAGCAUGGCUGUUCAUCGGGUCGGGAGGACGCUGCUGUUGGAUGAGCUGGACAUUCAAGAGCUCUUCAUGAAGUCCUCUCAGACAGGAGAUUGGACGUGGCUGAAAGAGUUUUACCAGCGGCUAAUUGAUCAGAAAUGGCAGAGGAAAAAGAAAAGUAAAGAGCACUGGUAUCAGAGCGCAAUCCUCUCAAAAUUCCUCUAUUAUAGUAUAAAUGGUAAUGAUGCCGAGGAGGCUGUACCAGACAACUCGAAUGAGGGGGAUGUGAAAAAUGGGGCAGAGGAGUUCAGUUAUUCCUUCAUGAGCACACAGUCAGACGCAGAAGAGUCCGAUGCUCCCAAGGAGGGUUUAAGAAAUGACUUUGUGCGAAACAUCAGGUGGACGUUUGAGGAUAUCCACAUGCUGGUUGGAUGCAACAUGCCUAUUUUCGGAGGUGGUCGCUAUCCUGCCGUCAGUCUAAGACUCAGGGACAGCAAUAAACCAAUCAACGUUCUGACAGGUAUCGACUACUGGCUCGACAAUCUGAUGUGCAAUGUCCCAGAACUGGUUAUGUAUUUUCACAUUGAUGGCAUUGUUCAGAAAUACGAGAAGAUAAAGACUGAAGACAUCCCUCAUUUGGAGAACUCGACAUUCUCUACAAAGGUGGUGAAAGACAUUGCCCAAAAUAUCCUCUCCUUCCUCAAGUCGAACUGCACCAAAGAGGGUCACACCUACUGGCUUUUCAAAGCUAGUGGGAGCGACAUUGUGAAGCUUUAUGAUCUUACUACUCUGUGCGAGGAGGCUGAAGAGGAGAAAUGUCAGAAUCCCUUCACUCUUCCUGUGGCUGUGUUAUUGUACAAAGUGGCAGGCAACUUGAUGCUGAGGGCGAGGCAAAACAGGAAGCACUACGGCACAAUCCGAAUACUACUCUUAAACUGCGUUGAACUCCUGGAUCAGGAGCAGCAUCCCCAGAUCAUUGCCUCAGCCUACUGUAUGCUAUCAGAGCUGUUCCUGCUCGAUCUGGCUUCAGAGGAUUCUAGAGAUGAAGGGGAGUCGCUCCAGUCCAGGGGCUCAGAGGACAGCUACACCGAUGAAGACAGAGAGGAAGAUGAGGAGGAGGAGCUAACGGAGAACAGGGCUGAUAACGCAUCCUUCAGCAGCCGCUCCAGCCCACAGGACGAUAAUAAUGUCGUGGCAGUUAUCCCCUCUGUAGGGGAGCUGUUGGUCCCGGACAGAUACAGAUCUACUCACCAGAUCAGACCAAGUGAUAUUUUACCCAUUUCUCAAGACAAGGAGGAAAAAUGUAGACACGUCCUGAGCUAUGUACUAAAGGGCCUUAAGGCAGUGGACAGCAGCGUUAAGCAGGAGAGUGAUCUUCCAGCUGCAGACCCUAACACACCAAUCCCCCUCAAGUAUGAGGACAGCGAUGCUAUUGGAGCCUGUGCAUCCGAAAAAGCUACCUGUCUUCUGCUUGAAAGAGCGGGGCCCAUGCAGGUGGACCAGAAGCGUCCGACACGCUCAGGGAUGAUCCCCGGCUCCUGGCAGCACCACAUGAAGCUACAGCUUUUCCUCAAAGCCUCCAAGGCCUACUACGUCCUGUCUGAUGCAGCCUCUAAUUUGCUGAAGUAUGGACAAGCUUUGCGUUACAUAAAGCUCUCUCUGCAGUGCUAUGAUGCCUAUUGCUCUGUGAGCAGUGCACCACAGCCACAGGUGCUGUACUUUCACAGCCAGUGUCUGUCUCUGUGUGGAGACAUCCAGCUGAUGUUGGCCCAGAACGCCAGCAACAGAGCAGCUUACCUGGAGGAAUACAGCUACCAGACCAAAGAGGAUCAGGAGAUCCUUCACAGCCUGCACAGAGAAAGCAGCUGCCAGGCCUUCAACAUGGAAACAGACCUAGCCAUGGACCCCGAGUAUCAGCUGUUUGUUAGCAGUAAGUGCUACGAGGCGGCGUACGAACUGCUGGUCUCCAAGGCGUUGAAAGGUCACGAGUCAGAUCAGCAGGCUCAGGUGCUCAAACGACUGGGAAACAUUCGCAACGAGAUGGGAGUGUACUAUAUGAACCAGGCAGUAGCCAUGCAGGCUGAGAAAGAAGUGAAGAAGUCGGUGUCCGUAGCAGAGCAGGAGUUGUGGAAAAAAAGUUUAGCCUUCUUUGAGAAUGGCAUGAAGGAUUUUGAAGCCAUUGGGGACAACACCAACAUCUCCUUGCUGCUGUGCAACACUGGCAGACUGAUGAGAGUCUGCGCUCAGGCUCACUGUGCAGUCUCUGCCAACCAGAGCAGAGGGGAGUUCUCACCUGAGGAGGCCCUCUACUACAACAAGGCCAUGGACUACUACCUGCAGGCUAUAAGAUCACUGACGAUACGAGAAAACAACCCAGCAGUGUGGGACAGUGUAAACUGGGAGCUGUCAACUACGUAUUUCACGCUGGGUACACUACUGCAGGACUACCCCCCUCUGUCCAGGAAAGCCCAGGAGCCGAUUCAACGGGAGGUGACUGAGAUGAUGAUGAAUUCCCUAAAAUACUGUGACCUCCAGACGGAGUCAGCUCGUCAGCCGCUCUAUCAGCACAGAGCUGCUGUCAUUCACUUUCGACUGGCCUCUAUCUACAACAGCCGCUUCCGCAACCAGGUGGGGAAUGAACAAUUGAGGAAGCUGCAACGGAGCCUUACAGAGUUUCACUAUAGCAAGGCUGUAAGUCUAUUCCUCAGCCACAAAGAUUAUCCCUGUGAACUGCUCGGCACUCUGCUGGAGUGGGUAUCCUUUGCUGAGUUUACUAUGGAAGGUCAGAGCAGCAGUGCAGCUAAGCUGAAGAGCCUGACUGGAGCUCUACAGAUCAUGACAGAAACACGCUCUGCUUUCCAGCUGAUUCACAGUAAGCUUCAGAAGGAAGAAGCAGAGGUAAUUUUCAGCGAAGCAUUGGGUGAAUCAGCACAGUCUCCUGAUGUGGCCAGUGCUUCUUCCACCUCGGGCCUGAACCUCCUAGAAGUGAUGAAGUUAAUCGGUCUGUUUGAGCAAAGCUUCUCCUUCCUGCUGCUGCAGCUCCUCAAAAGGAUGACGCAACAGAAGCCAAGCCAUAAGGAUGAGGAGCUGCUGAAAACGUACAAGGACGUGUACACCAAGCUGCUGCGAGCCGACAAAAACAAACCUCUCCUCAGUCGGGUCAUGCUCUACAUGGAGCUCCUGCAGCAGCUGACCCCACAAACGGGAAGUGAAGACACAGGUGCACACUCACGGCAGAGUCUCUGAACACACUAUGCAGAACAUGUCCUCUGUUGUUUUUAAAAAUUAAAUCAUUAAAAUGAAAUAGUGGACUCACAGUUAGAAGAGUUGACUCACGAUGCCCUGCUGCUGACCAGGGGACAGCGGCGGCGGUGGCAGGGCUUUAGCUGUUCAGCUAACUCUAAUGCGAACUUGGUAUUCUGUCGAGAUUUCGCCGCUUUCUCUUCCCGAAACAACCUGUCUUUCGUCUGAUACCAGGCUGGAGUUGCUGGAAGUCUUGGCGUGUCCGCCAAUAAACCAUUACAUCUUGAAUCCAUCUUUACCAUAAGUGCCUUAAACUAUUAAAUGCCUGUCAGCUACUAGAUAUUCUUUCUUUGAGCGGCGAGUGUAAACCUCGCGUGAUCUGAUGCCAGGUUAAAGGUGAGCGAGAGCUCGUCUUUUUUCUUAAAUUUGGCUUAGAAACUAUAUAAAAAUUUAAGCAGCGAUACAGAUUUUACCUGACUAAUCUCUAAUGAAUACACAAAUACAAAACAGAUCAUUCUUUUAUUUGUUUUAAAGAAAUGUUAUGGGUUCCCAUUGGUUGAACAGUGUUGUAAACCUGGACCUGUGAGGCAACAGUGAUACCCACUAUUCUGUCGUGUGGCCCUCUCCAGUUAUCCAUCCAUCUUCUACUUCUUUGUCUUCCGAGGAGACUGUUUGCUUUAAGAGAUAUAACUAAAUAACAUAUAUAUGUAUAUAAUACAUAAUAUAAUAGUGUUGAGUUUUUUUUUUUUUUACUUGUCUUUACUGUUUAGUUGGAUUUACCCUGUAUGUCCUAAUGUGUUUUAAUAAUCAUAAAUAUUUGACAUUGGAAACUUAAUUACAAAACUUUGUUUUAUGACCACCUGCAGUACAUGCUGGACCCACCAGGGGGCUGCUGCUUUAGGUAUCAAUGGUGUACAGAGAGGUCCCAUUUUUGUUUGCAGAGUAUAAAGAAAUUAAUUAUUUAUUAAUUAUUUUCAUUAAUUAAUUAACAAUGGUUCAUAUUUAUUUAUCCCCAGGCUCACAUUUAACUGAUAGUUGCCAAAGUACAUGUUUUCAUUUGGUUUAAUUGUAGAUUUAAAAACUUGUCAGCAGAUUGUUUUUUUUCUUUCUUUUUUGAUGCAGACAUGUAAAUAUGUGU